AUGUCUUCUACACUCGACUACUGGCCUCCUAUUCAGGAGGCUAUCGCCACUAACAACGAUCCCUCGCAACCCAACUCUACAGCCAAGGUUCAGUGCCCGAUUUGCAUGGACGAGAUUGCAGUCACGUCGUUUCCUCCUGUCGCACCCCGAGAAGGCGACAAUCCCGGCAUUGAUCCCACUCAAGGUGAGAUCCUCCUCUGCGGGCAUGUCCUCUGUCAGGCAUGCCGCACUCACCACAACGCGCACAACUGCCCCAUGUGUCGGGCUGACCUAGGAUGCACUGACUGCGGGAAGUCAUCUAAAGUGGCGACCAUCCCCAAAGAGGGUCCCCCUUCCACUAUCCCUGAUAUUGCGAAGGGAGACGACGGCGCACGAUGCGCUGAUUGCAAUGCCAAGCGCUGGUUCAACGAGCUCAUCGAGCAAGGUGAGUGGCCCAACAACUUAGCUGACCUGGAGCCUGGUUUUGUCCCUCUUUUCUACCAUGUGGUAGACAAGCUUGAGGCUGAGAAGACGUCUGUCACCAAGGAUACAAUUACCGGGACAUUCUCCAACAUCGUCAGGGCAGAGUUCACCAGCAUGAUUGGCAAGCGGGCAGAGGCUAUUUACAACCGCUCUGUCACUACAGGUAACCGUUGGUUCCAGAAUACGCCUGCUCGUAUGAUGAAGAACAGAACCGCAGUACCCGAGGCAGGAGACGAAGCCUUGCGAAGACGGAUGGCACACCGGCAGCAACUUUUCCAGUCCUUGACGGAUAGUUACGACGAAGAACUCCAAGCCAAGUACGUCGGACCCAUUACACUUGAAGAGGCUGAAAUAGAAUCGCAUAGUCACCUUAUGAUAUCCACCUUGGAGCGGGAAGGCCGUCGAUCACCGAGCGUGAUCCAAGACAUAUUGCGAAGAAGACGUUCGGAAAACGGCCCUGCAGAGAUACCGGCAAGAGCUCCUGCUCCUUUGUCUGAAAGAGAUCGUGAUGCCGCAGGGAGACAGCAGAUGGCUCAUGAUUUUGCACAAAUGAUACGAAUGCAGCUUUCGGGGCCCGGUUUCAAUCCUGGCCCUCCUCGUUUUGCCAUGAAUGGUAUGCCUCCGAAUGGUGCUCCUCAGGCUGACAUGCAGCAGGAUGAUUCUGCGGACAUAGCUGAUAUGCCUCUGGAUAAUGCUAUGGACACGGGGGAAAAUGAGUUGCCUGGGCUCAUUGACCGAAUUAACCUGGAGGAUGGAAGUAUUGUUGAGUAUCACUCGGAUGGAGAUGGAGGUAUUGUUGAGUAUCACUUUCACUUUAUGGACCUCCUUAACAGAGACUCUGAGGCAGAGUACGAGGGAAGAGACUAG